AUGGAAGUUAAACCUAGCUUUUUGAAUAGUAGCAGACAGUUUCCUUCUUGUGAAGAUGCUGAAUAAGAUUCUCCAAACAAAUUAAGCGAUGAUGAAGAAAAUUCUGAAAAUUUUACUAAAUUUAAAUAGGAAUUAGAAUUAUUCAAGUAAAUUGUAAAAAGAUGGGGAGAAAAAAAUAUAAAUCAUAUUAUGAAAGUAACGCAUAACACAAAGGAUGAAAAUGAUAGGUACAAUGUGAACCUUGAAAUGAGCAAUCAGCAAUUUUCUUUGAUAAUUAGAAUUAAUAAUUUUCAUCUUUUUUUCAUGCCACAAGAUGAUGACAAUGAUGAUUAAAAUUAAAUAACACCAAAUAUAGUAGAAAUCGCUAAUGUUGAUUAUAUCAAUAAUUAUGAAAUAGAUUAAUUCGAAACUUAGCUAUCUAAUAAAUGGAUGGAGUAAUAUUAGUAAAUUGAUAAAAACAAUGAAAAAGUCAUUUUAUCCUUUUUAGAUGAACUCAAAGCCAGAUUCCAUAAGAUUAUGAAUUCAAACUAAAAUUAAUAGAAACCUAAUAUUAAAGAUUUUGUUCCUUACCCUGGUGGAGCUACUAUAAGCUGGAAUUCCUAAGGCCAUUUAGCUGUUAUUAAAAAUUUGAAGAUAAGAUAAUUAAUUGCUCAGGAUCCUUCGCUUAAAAUGCUAGAUUAAACAUAAAAAAAAAUGUCUAGAUUAAAUUAAUAUCUUUCUAAAGAGAGGUAGAAUACCAAAAAUUAAGCAAGUUUAAGACUUAACAAGGAUUUUUUGCUUGCUGACUCAGAAGAAAAUGACGAAAAUGUUUUUAUUCAUAAUUUUACAGCUUUUGAGGAAGAUGAGAACAUAGAUAACAAGGACUAUUUGAAUUUUAAAUUUGACAAUUUUCACUUUUUCCCAGAUGUUAUGCAAAUAUGCACAUUUUUUGUUGAUCACAAAAAAAAUUUAGCAAUGACUUCUCAAACUUCACAAGAUCCAAAAAAGGAAGAAAAUAAUUUAAUGAAUAGAAGAAGAGAGAAAAUAGUACUUAAUCCUAACGAUAUUUAUGCUGAGAAACUUAAAAAAUUAUUAAUAAAUAGCUAGAGUAAAAGAAGAGACAAUAACGAUGAUGGGCUUUCUUCUAUAUUUAUUUUUGAUUUUGAAAAAAGAUAAUUAAUGGAAGAAAAUAAGUUAUUAGAUUUUCUAAAUAAGAUGAUAGAUUUUGGUAAAAAGAACAUAGACAAUGAUGCAAAAUAUGUCCAAUUUAUUAUUUAACAAAUUCUUUAUGAUAGUACUGAUGAAACAAUAAAUAUAGUAAAAAAUAUAUAAAAAGUCUUAGAAAGCAAAGAUUAUGAUGAUAUAGAAAAUAUAAGUUAUAUUGGAAAUUUUUUGCUUAAAAAUUAUUUUAAUGAGUUGAUAGAAACAAACAAAGAGAAAUUUUUAAUCCUAGCAUUUUAAGCUCUAAUAUUUGAAAAUUUUAUUAGCUUUGUUAGAAUUAAGAACUUUAUUAGAAAUGUAGCAAAUUAAUUCAAAAGUGAUUAUGAAGAAGAGUACCAGAUGAUGAUAAAUACCUGCAAUAAUUUAAAAUUUGAUAGAUUUUCUUUUACACCAUUCUGCAUACAACUCUCCCACUUUCCUUUUGUUUAAAAAUAGAAUAUUUUUAAAUAAGACACUACAAAGUCUUAAGAAUUUGUAAUAACUAACCAAAAAAGUUAUUAUCAAAAAGCAAAUAAUAAGUUUACUCAUGCAUAAAUACCUAAUAUUAAUACUGUGAAAGUAUACUAAACAGUUUAUUAGCUUAUUAACUAAAAUUAUAACUUUGAAAGAAUUGAGCCUUACAAUAUUUUAUAGUAAGAGCACAGAGCAAAAUUUUUAGCAUAAUACAUUUAAAUUUCAAAAAAUUUAAAUAGAAGAAUGCUCUUUAUAAAGGAGAGGUUCCUAGAAAAAUAAAUAAAAUUAAAUUUUAGUAUUCGAAGAUUGAUAAUAUUUUUAAAUUGCUUGCUUAAAUCAUUUUGUGAGGGAGUACAUACAUAUAUCAAUGAUUUUAAGGAGAGUUGUUAAAAUUAUGAGUUAGAAAGAGAUAACUAAUAAGAAUAGGAAUGCAGUGUUUGCGAAUUUAAAGUAAAAUUACUCAAAAAUUGCAAAUAUUUAUCUACUUUCUAAAGGUAAAAAGAAGCAGCAUAACAUGCAGACAAUGCAAGCAUGGGGGUCAUAAAGAGCAUAUUAGAGAGUGGUUUAAAAAAAAUUAACAUUGUCCUUAAUGCUUCACUUGCCACUGCUUUAAAAAUUGAAUAUAUGAAUAUUGAAAAUUUCUUAGAUUAUUACCAGUUUAAUUAUAUCUUUGGAAUGAAAGAAAAGAUGCUUUGUAGAAUUUAUAGUUUAUAUUCAUCAAGAGGCUUAUUUAAUAAUUAAGUAAAUGAAAAUUUGAACAACUCUAAAAGAAAAGAAGAUGUUUCAAUUUCAAAAUUUAAAAUGUAAUCUACGUUUAAAUAAAAGGAUCAGCUUUAUGAUAAAGAUGAUAACUAUGUGCAUUCUAUAUAUGAUCAGAGCUCUGAUUAAAGUAGUAGGAAUUAUAAUUUUGAAAAAAAAAAGAAGAGAAUGUUUUUAAACGUUUUAAGCGACUACUUUGAAAAAGAUAAAAGUUUGUAAAAAAUAAAUAUGAUACAAAAGUAGUUAGAAAAUAUUUAAACUGUAAUCCCAUUUAAGGCUAAAUAUUUUACAAGAGACGCAGCAAGCUAAAUAAUAAAAGAAAAUUCAUAGCUCAAUAAGCCGACUUUGGUUUUAAAAAAUACCAGCCUUAAAUCCAUACAGUAAGAAAAAGUUGGUUUGGGAUUCGUGCACGACUAUCAUCACUUUUCUAGUAGUAUAUUUGAUAUAUUUUAAGCUGUUAUUAUUCCUACUUCUUUUUUUUUUUGGAUUAUUGAUUUGUUCAUUGAAUUAAACACAGGAGUGCUAGAAAGAGGAGAGCUUAUUGUUGAUAAGGUAUAUAUAGCAUCUAAAUAUUUCAAACAAAGACUUAUUUUGGACUUAAUUGGAAUACUUCCUAUUGCUUACUUCAUAAUAAGCCCUAGUUACAAAUAAAUAUCUAUUGACUUUUUAAUUAUAUUAAAAUUGAAGCAUUUUUACUAAACUUUUUCUAGACUUGAGCAUUACCUUUCAUAUUAGUAAGACAAAAAAAACUUAAUUGAUUUACUUAAACUCGUUUUACUUAUUUUAGUUACUAACCACCUAAUUGCACUUCUUUGGUACAGGCUAGCUACGUUUGAGAAAAAUUUUUUAGGAUAUAAAUAAACUUGGAUUGAUAAUUUAAAAAUAAAUGCCAAUUCUUUUAUGGAUUACUAUUAAAUAGCCAUAUAUUUUGCUACUGUUACUGUAUAUACAGUUGGAUAUGGCGAUAUAUCACCGUGUACUCUUUUGGAGUGCAGCUUUGUAACAUUAACAAUUAUAAUCACUGGUAUAAUUUUUGCUUAUGCAAUUAACUAAAUCGGUCUUAUAAUAUUCAUGCAAUAAAAGAAUGUAAACUAAGAUCUUCGCAUGAGAAUAAGAAAUUAUUUAGAGCAUAUGCAUAGAUAGUUUUAAGAAAAUAACUCUGAUGGAUAAAAAAAAGUUUUCAGCAAAAUAUCUCCUUCUUUGUUAAAGGAAAUAAACUAAGAUAUCUAUAAAGAAUUUAUUUUUUCAAAUGAGGUUUUCAAUUCAAUUUUUAGUUUAGAAUUUUUAAAGUCUACAUUAGAUGCUGUAGAAGAAUUUGUGGCGACUCCAGGAGAGUAUCUAUUUAAAGAAGGAGAAAGAGAUGAUCAAAGUAUUUAUUUUGUAUUUGAGGGGAAGGUAUAAAUAACACUUAAUCAGCAAAUAGUUUAGAUAAUAAAGGGAUAAGCAAUUAAUAAUAAAUAUUAAUUACAACUUAAAAAUAAAAAUGAAAAUUCACAAGAUAAAUUUAAAUAAUCUAAAUUACAAGAUUAAGAUUAUAAAUUGAUAAAUGAAUUCUUAAAAAAACAAAAUUUUUAAAUGAAAACACAAAAAAGUAUUUAAAUGACUAAUUUACUUUUAGAAAGUAAUAAAAAAACAGCUUUUUAGUAGGAAGAUGAUUUUUUUGAUUUAAAUAGGCUUGCUGAUGAGUAAUCUGGAAAAACUAUAAGUAAAAGAUAGAAUGUUAAACAAGUUGCUAUGGACAUUCUUUUAAAAUUGAAAGAAUAAAAUAAAUAUUUUGGAGAGUAUAAUUUUUUCAGCAAAGAAUCCGAAAGAAUUUAUAGUGCUUAAGCUAAAGAGUUUAGCAGAAUAUAUAAGAUGAAAAGAGAAACAUUUCUUGAAAAAAUUAAAGAUUUUUAAUCAGAUUUUGAAAAAUUUUGUGAAAUUCAAGAUGAGAUCUUACAAUUUAAGCAUUCUUUGAAUUUUAAGCUUCCAUGUGUUGUUUGUGGAAGUUUAGCUCAUUAGCACACCUAAUGUUAAUUUAUUCAUUAUGCUCCAAAUUAAUGGAAUUUAAUUUAAUUACAUAAUUUUUCUCUUGAACAAGAAAGGAGAUUCUAAUCUAGGUGGGGUUUAAAAUCAUUUAAACCUACUCUCAAUUAAAAAUAUAUUGAAUAGAGAGCUGAGAAAAUAUAAAAAACUCACAAAGAAGAAUUAGAUUAAAUUCUUUAAAAUUUAGAUAAAUCUCUUAUAUUAGAAAAUCAUUCAUACAAUAACUUAGAGUCUUAAAUUAGCAUCUUCAAUUAAUAAGAAAGUAGUAAACAAUAAGAAAAUGAAAAGAUAGAUGAAAACGUUAGCGAUGAAGUUUCAGAAUACCAAUCUGAUUAAUAUGAUGGAUUAAGAUAGAGAGAUAAUACAAUACGGCAAAGAAAUGAAACCAUUUUUGAAUUUUAAGAUUCAAAACUGAGCAGUAAUAUUCAUGAAAAUAAAAAUAUCUUCAAAAAAACUUCAUAAUAAAGACUAAGUAGUAAAACAACAAGCACGAGAAAUUAAAAAUCUAUUUAAGAGAAUCAGUUUACUAGUUAAUUUACCUAACAGCAGCAAUAAUAAGAUGAACAAUAAGUUAUUUAGUAUCUGAAUGAGAAAAUUUUAUUAAAAGAUUAGUAAUAGUAAUAAUUUUCAAAUAACGAACAAACUAUAGCCAGGCGCAGUUUUUCAAAUUAAAAUAAAAGUAAUAUUUAAUCUAACGCUGAUUUAUCUAAUAAAGUUUAUAGUAUGGCUAGUUUCAAUUUAAAAUUAAAUACGAGCAAUAACUUGCAAUGCCAUCAACCUAAUAUCAGCAAUUUUGUAGCGUCUUCAAUUAAUUCAAAAAGGGAAAUUAUAUCUCCAAACUAUUAUAAAAAUAGUGAUACUUCUAAAUAAAAUUCUUCUUAAAAAGAAAUACCAGUUAGUGAAGAUUACAAAAAAGAAAUAAAAAGUAAUUUUGAUAAUAUGCAAAGUAUUCAAAAAAUUUCAACAAGCCAUUCAAAUUUAUAAGAUCAUUAAAUUAGUAGUAGAUCUAUCAAAGAUUAUCCUUCUUCAAGGUAAAGAUCAAGGUAUUCACAGAACAUAUUUGUAAAUAAAUUUAAUAUUAUCAAAAAUCCACUCUUAAUGAUAGAGAAGAUAAUUCACCUUCAAUGUUUCACCGUAUAUCGCAUUCUUACGCUUUAGGGAAUAUGA